AUGAGUCCCGUUCGAUCAUAUCGACAAGUUGCUCGUAGCAAAGUGCCUCGAAAGCCUACCCAUCCCUCCCUUGGCAAUGUCAAAUUCCGCGAGUACGAACAAUCUGGCGAAAAUGAAGCCACCAGAGUACAAGUUCAUGAUGCGCUCGACUCCGAGGGUCAGCGAGUCCAGGCAGAACUGAAAGAACUGGAGGAUGAAUUGGCUAUAUUACGUGAGGGCCCUUUCGGUCCAAACAGCGAGUUCAUGCAAUCGUUUGACCCCAGGGAGCGAGAAGAAAUAUUGAAGGCCUUGGAAGAAGAGGGCGUUAAUUUGGAGGCUGACGAAGAGUUGCUCACCCCUGAGGAAUUGGAUGACAUCGCCAGGGCAGCGAGUAGCGACAAACUUGUUGAGGGAGCCAACGACAAAUUGAAGGUCACAUUAAGCAUUCCUACCAAGGAUAAAGUAUACAUCAAGAGGUUCAACCUGGCACUCGAAGAAGCCGAAGGAGUUGGCGCAAAAGAUAGCGCUCGACCAUACUUAUCUCUUUGGAAAUGGUAUCUUCGGUGUCAACAGCAGGUCAACAACUUCUCUGUUAUAAUACCCGAGGAAGUGUGGCAUUUCCUCUGGAAGACGCAAAGCAGCCAGCAUAAUUUUCGAUACCAGCAUUUGCAGAUGCUUGCCAGAGAUAUGAUGAAAGCGGAUGUCUCGUUAACGAAUGAGGAAUGGAUACAGCAUAUGCAUGCGCUUCAAGCAGGUGGGAACAUUGCUUCCGCAGCCGAGAUAUGGGAGUCUCAAAAAAGUCGAAUGGGCAUCAAAGGUAAAGGUGCAUUGGAAUUCUGGAUGACUGGCAUCAAGAUCUACGUCGCAUUAGGAAGGCCUCAAAAAGCACAAAAGCUGGCACUGGAAUGCUACGGCCGAAUAGAUCCAGUGGACCCUGAGCCUCUUGUGACAGUCAUAACUGCAUGGGCUCAGAGCCGGAGUUCUAAUGCUGAUGAAAGAGUAUGGGCAUGCUACAUGGAAUUACGAAAACGCCUGGAAAGUCAAGAAGCCGAAGAUGACACCUUGAGUACCCUUGGCCGCAUCAGCAGUAUACUCCUGGAAAACAACCGCCAGCACCUUGCUUUAGCUGUCUUCAAGGACAUGUUCAUGCUACGCGCCAGAUCUCCCACGGACUCGUGGAAGCUUUUCAAGUCUAUGGGAAAGAAAUUAGACAACGCAGAAUUAACCAGCGAGGACCAAGUCAGCAAGAUUGGACUGGCUUCAUUGGCUUUCCUUCCCAAAGCUUUCCACAACAAGUUUUUCUUUGCGUCUUGGAUCAAAUGGCUUUUAGGAGAAGGACAGGUCGACGAGGCGGCUCUGAUCGUGGAGUUGAUGUAUGAACGAGGUAUUCGGCCUGAUGCGCGACAUCUGAAUGGGAUUAUUGCGGCUUGGCUUCGUGAAGGCUCGCCCGCUACUGCUGAGAAGGCCGAGGCUACCGCUUGGGCAAUGAUUCGCGCCCGCAUUGAGAUGGUCAAAUCUCGCAACCAUGAAGGCACUGAUGCUACGAAGCCUCUACUCGUCGAGACGACAGGUGAGGUGCGCAAAGUGCCGCUGUUCCUCCACCGGGGUGCCCCUGCUGCAACCAUCGAAACCAUUUCGAUUUUAAUGGUGUAUUACAAUCGCCGGUCGAAUGCCGUCAGCGCCGAUCACCUAUCCAGGACGAUGAUGGGCCCUGCUGAGAUGAAACCCAACUCAUUUAUCCUCAACCAUUGGAUGUACGCUUCACUACGAUCAGGAGACAUACCCGAGAUCUGGAAGACUUACACAGCCUUCAAGUCCACGAUUCAACCGGACCUGGAGACCUUCGCAGUUCUAUGGGACACGGCAAAAGUCCACUUCGGCUCACCAGCAGCACACCUGGACAACAUCCCAUCUCCCCGCCAUAUAUUUAAAGAGAUGAAGGAAUGGCAUGCAGGUCUAAGCCAACAAAAGCGAGACAAUGCACGACAAGAGCUCUCCAACGAAUUCUACGAACAGGUCGUCCGCUGCUUCUGCUUCACCGCAGAUCUCGAGGGCACGCUGUGCGCACUACACGGUAUGCGCGAGAUAUUCGACGUGCUACCACACGAAGACAUCACGCGUCUGAUCAUCGUGCAAGUAGCGCGCUCGUUCCCAUCAGUGCUCGGCCCCGCUGAGCGCGCUCGCCUGCGUCGCCGAGGUGGUCCGCUCCGGGUGCGCGGCUCGCACCUCAAAGUCGCCGUCAAGGCGGUGACAGAGAUCGUCAUGGCGAUCAUGGAGAAGAAGAUCGACGAGCAAAACCUUGACCCAGACUUGCUCAGGGGAGGGGACGACGACGACGAGAAGGGCGAGGAACUGGAUGAAGAUCCCGUCGACUGGGAUUCCUUCGAAACGCCUGUUGCGCAGACCCUGCGUCUCGACGUCCUGACGUCGUUCCUGUGCAUGGUCUUGGAGCGGCGCAGUGUCUCGGCUGUGAGCAGCACGGUGCGCGAGAUGCACGACACUGUCGAAGUGGCGGCAGCGAGUCCAGGUGCGCUGCUUGGUCAAGACGGCCGGUUGAGAGUACCUCGCUCGCCUGCUGAGACCGUCACCCUCGCUGGAGAGGAAAUGAAGGUCGCCAUUCCUGCCGAUGCCCUGGCUCGGCGAGAUUGGACGGACCUUCGUGUCUAA